GUUAAUAUAAAGAUAAGCCUUAAUAACUUCAAGGAAAAAUAUUUUCGUAUCACAAGCGAUCUAAUUCACGAUUCUAAUUAACAGGACCGCGUAAGCGAAUAAGAGGAGAGUUUAAGAUAGAAGUGGAACCGCAAAACAUGUGGCUCGUUAGGAGGGCCGUCUGAAAGUGACACCACUGACGCUAAUUACCCGAGAGGACAGCUUACCUGUCGCCCGAUGCAUAUAUACUGCACCAAUAAAUAUUUGCUUUAAUAUAGCAGAUAAUAAUCUAGAUAAAAAAGAUCUUUAGUGGGCAGUUAGGAGAAAUAAAAACUGUAUUUACCCAAACGAGUCCUAAAUCAGUAUGUACAAAAAAAAGUAUUUUUAAACAGAAAGUUAUUUAGAUACGGAUAAACCUAAAAUUGUCAAAUCCACGAUAAUCCAUAAGAUAGAUACGUGAUACGUGAAUCUACAAAAUCUUCAAAUUACACAAUCAUGACAUCCGAAAGUAUUAUAGUUUCGUCACGCACAUGCGUCAUCGGAAAUUAAUAGUCAAAUCACGACGAACUCGAGUGUAACGGAAACUUCUGUCUUCCUAGUUCAAUAUAUCACAAAACGCAUUAUGAAUCGUUUAUUUAUUCAAUAUCAUAAUCCAUACAUAUUUUGAAACAGAAUUAUUCUUACUUUAAAACGUUGUACAUUCUACAAAAUCAUACUCAAAACAUAGGAUUGAUGACCAAUAUUAAACGAUAAAAUAGACGUUGAUCAUUAUAAUAAAUACAUGUUAACGUAUUUUUUUCAUCCCAUACGAAUAACAUACAUUUUGUAACUAAUUACUUGCGCACACAUGUGCAUGACAUUUCAGUACGGGACAGCCUCCGCGUACAGUCCGAUAUUCGCAUUACAACUAUCAACAGCGAAACGUAGGCUCUAUCGUGCACGUGUGGUGUUACAGUUAUUUCAUAUGAAAAAUUACACUACGUGAAUUAUGAAAAAUAAGGAAAAAUCGAAUCUAAAUGCAACGAAAGAGUGGCGUGAGAGGUCUGAACCUCUGCUCGCCGUGCCUGAAGAUGAAAGAGAGCACCCGCCACAUUCACUGCCCCGGCUUAGCGUGGUACCGCCUAUCAGUAGUAGUUCUAGCACUGACCAUAUUGCUACACCACCAUCCAACAGGAAACCACUUUCACAUGGCGAUGAAUCGAUGACGGUGGUUUUGUCAGCGUUUUAUGCCAAGUUAUUAAUAGUUUUAGGGAUAGCAUUACCAGUGACUAGUACUAUACAAAAUGAACUGUACACUAAUAUUACUUCUGAUAUGUUUACGAUGUAUUUAUAUAUUGUUAGUAUGGCAUUCUUGGCAUAUACGUUUUAUCACUUGCGAAUGGCGAAACGGGACAAAGACGAAAACUUCAAACGUACGCGGUACGGCAGCUUCUACCUACACAUGGGAGUGGCCGGUUUCGGCGUCGGAUCCAUAAUCUACUCCUGUCUCCAGUUUGGCGGAUACUUCGACCUCUCUGGCGAUUGUCGACUAAUAAUAGUAGCCAUCAAACCAGCUCUUCGUAUAUUAUAUUUAGUGGCGCAAACGGUCUUCAUAUUUUCGUAUACUGACAUAUUGGAUCCGAUGCGUGGUGUAGUACUUGAUAGGUUUGGUUUGAUGCAUUUAAUAGCCACCAAUGUAUGUGAAUGGCUUAACGUGGUAGUUCAGGAGACAAGAGACGACAUUGUAGUGGUGGCCUACGACCAACCAACACUGUUACGUUAUGCCAAUAUUAGUGGCCAUUCUAAAAUUGACAUAAACGACCAAGUAGAUAAUAUAACUAUUGAGGAAGUAGUAACGAGUGCUGGUCAAAACAUGAUUACAAAAAUUGGCACAAACACGACGUUAAGUUACUUAAAUGCAACAAUUAAUAAUGAUGUCUGGGUUUGCAACGUGUCAGAUAUGAUAACACCUCUGAUUAGGAGUGUCAAUCCGUAUCUUCGGCCUUGCGGAGUGGAAUACAGUCUUCUUUGUUCUGUCAUCAUAGCCGUUAUAUGGAAUGAUAUAUGCACCGUAACUGGUUCGAAACCAGUAAAUCUGAAAUCAGUGCCAAAGGAGCAGAAGCAAUGUUGUACACGUGUUAAAGGCAACAAUCAUUUUUCGGUGGACUGUGGAAGUGCACAUAAAGGCUUAUUUAUGGGCAUCGCAGUACUCGCAGGCACAAUCGUCAGUCUCAUGCUUUUCAAUGGACUUUUUCAAAAUGAAAAACAUGUAGAACUUGCUCUCUUGCAGAUAAAUAUAUGGGAGACUAUCUUGUUUAUAUUAAUGACAAUAGGUUCAGCGGUAUGUAUUCAACGAAUGAGAACGUUACCAUUGAGAAGAGCCGUUUCAACUCUACAAUUAGAGCAUGCGCUGCUCCUUGUGACACAAUGUGGAGUUUAUUUAUAUUAUUUGUUUCAAAUUAUCGGUACAGGUUUCCUUAUUCAAAGAUAUCCUGAAGGAACAAGAGCACCGAGGAUAAUAUCACCACUAUGUGCAGUUAUACAGAGUUCCUGUCAAACGCUGUUGGUACUCGAUGCUUGGACACGAAGGUGUACAGGCAGCGGGCGGCAACGUCCGGGACGACAAUUAAUCACAUUUCUGCUCGUUGGAAAUUUUGCUUUAUGGCUUCUUAAUCGAGUCAAAAACGCAAGAGCAGAAUUCCAUCCACUUCAGAUGGAAUUCUACGGGGUUUGGGCGUGGACGCUCAUUACCCAUGUUUCUGCGCCAUUACUUGUCUGCUAUAGAUUUCAAGCUACCGUCUGUCUAUACGAAAUUUGGAAGAAUUCAUAUAAAAGAAGAAAAGACACUAGUGAUAGUUCAGACCUAAAUGAUAUUGAAUUAAAAAAUCACGCCGCGUAGCUGCACAGCUAGGUAGAAAAAAUACCAAACCAACAAUAUAUACGAAACCAAUAAUAUAUCUAAUAAAUGAUUAUAUUAGUAUUAAGAUAACUAUUCUGUAUUAUAAUAUUAUGUUUAUAUUUUUUGAAACUCGUUUCUUUGCUUUAAUCUUCAACCACCUUAAGGCCUAAGUUCCUUAGGUAGGUAUUAUUAUAAGCAUUCUAAAGCACAGAAAAAAUAAGAUUUUUUAUUGUCGUAUAUUAUAAAGGUAUACUGAUAUCAAAGUAUCGCAAUAGCAAGAAAGGAUAGUCAAAAAAUUUUAUAUCAUAAUAUAGCUCGAAGAAAAAAAUAAUAAUACAACAAUGCAAUUGGCUCUACAAUCCAUGUUUGUGAUACAUACAACAUGUUCGUGUUAUACGUUAAGAUACCUAAUCUAAGAAGACGACUAAUUCAUAACAUUCAAAGAAACCUGUAAAUUGGCAUAACUCAAAGUAGGUACCGACUAUAUUAUUGUUAAAACAUUGGCAAUACAUUGAUAUUUGACCCAAAGAUAAUUGUAAUAUAUAAUUUCACCAAUUAAAUCUGCUUUUUUUAUUCA